AUGGCGACCACUACGACGACGACCACCACGAGCAACGAGGCCAUCACGGCCGAGUCUAUCCUGCGCCUCUUCCCCGACAUCGACACCAGCACCGAGGCCCUCACCGGUCACGACGCCGAGCAGAUCCGCCUCAUGGAUGAGGUCUGCAUCGUGCUGGAUGAGAACGACAAGCCCAUCGGCAGCGCCAGCAAGAAGGCUUGCCACCUCAUGACCAAUAUCGACAAGGGCCUUCUCCACCGCGCCUUCUCCGUCUUCCUCUUCGACCCGGCCGACAACCGCCUGCUCCUACAGCAGCGCGCGUCGGAGAAGAUCACCUUCCCCGACAUGUGGACCAACACCUGCUGUUCCCACCCGCUGGGCAUCCCCGGCGAGACGGGUUCGAACCUCGAGGACUCAGUCGCGGGCGUGAAGCGUGCGGCGCAGAGGAAGCUGGAACACGAGCUGGGCAUCAACCCCGCACAGGUCCCCUUUGACGAUUUCCACUUCCUGACGCGGAUCCACUACAAGGCUCCUAGCGAUGGCAAGUGGGGAGAGCACGAGAUUGACUACAUCCUCUUCAUCAAGGCCAAGGUCGACCUCGACAUCAACAAGAACGAGGUCCAGGCGACGCAGUACGUCAGCGCUGACGAGCUCAAGAAGCUGUUCCAGGACCCCAGCCUCAAGUUCACCCCCUGGUUCAAGCUCAUCUGCGAGUCCAUGCUGUUCGAGUGGUGGCAGAACCUCGACAACGGCCUGGAGAAGUACACCAACGAGCAGGAGAUCCGCCGCAUGUGA